ACGUGGAGUGACCCUCGCGGGCCGGGCAGGGCGCCCUCUGCCGGCCAGAGAGCAGCGGCAGCAGCAGCGGCGAUGGCGGCCCACGCGAAGUUCAUCUCCCGCACGGUGAUGGUGCACAGCGGCAACGUGGACGCGGCCUACAAGCUGCUCAACAGGAUCCUGACGCACGACCGGGUGCUGGAGGACGCUCGGAGGCGCCGCUACUUUGAGAAGCCGUGCCGCCAGCGCCAGCGCAAGAGCUUCGAGGCCUGCAAGCGCAUCUACGACACGGACAUGGCGCGCCGCCUCGCCUUCGUGUCCCGCAAGAGCGGCUUCGACCCCUGGGUGGGCUGCUGAGGCUCCGCAAGCCGACUCCCGCUGCACUUCCACACCCCCCCCCCCCUUGCGGUGACAUCUGGCACCCGGCGUUGCCAACUUCCCGACGAUCCUCCGACAACGCUGCGAGAUGGACCCCUGCGACGGUCCUCGACAAAUGUCACGAGAAAAACUCAAAUGUCUCAUCGUCUUCGAGCGGUGGUCGAUCCACGGGCUCGAUGUUUAUUUUUGAUCUGUGCGUUUAGUUGUCGUCCUUCGCCCGCACCUCCGAUUCGCACGGUCGGCUGCGUACGGCGCGACAGAAGUUCAACAUCCAUAAUGUAGUUUUUUGGGUUAGAUCGCGUAAAUGUGUGUCGUUAAACCCACCACAGCCAAUUGGUCAUGUUGUGUCGCGUAAACAGAACGCGUCAAUUCGUUACUAGGACAGCAACAUCGGUGUGUUGGAGUGCAAAUCCACAACAUUUACAAUGUGAGUA